AUGAGCUGUCAACCCGACCAGACGUGCUCGACGUGCGACAGCCACGACACGCACCAUGUCCCCGACAUCGAAGACUACAAGGCCGAGGUAGCGUCUCUGCGCCAACGGACUGCCGAGCUAGAACGACAGCUCUCGAGGGUCCAAAGCCACCAAACCAAGACGAACGGCGAGUCAGAUGGUGCGUCCGAGUCACCACCACGCAAACUCCGGUCGGCGCACUGGUUCAACAACCCUUCCGACCCGGAGAUGAUGGCGCUGUACACGGACCGGUUCCUCAACUACGGGCUCACGGUGGGCGAGCUGAACAGCGGCAGGCCCAUCAUCGGCAUCGCCCAGUCCGGCAGCGACAUUGCGCCCUGCAACCGGUACCACCUGGAGCUGGCGAAGCGGGUGCGCGAGGGGAUUCGAGCGGCGGGCGGGAUCGCGUUCGAGUUCCCGACGCACCCGAUCCAGGAGUCCGUGCGGCGCCCGACGGCCACGCUGGACCGCAACCUUUUGUACCUGGGGCUCGUGGAGAUCUUGCACGCGUACCCUUUGGACGGGGUGGUGUUGCUUACGGGCUGCGACAAGACCACGCCCGCGAUGCUCAUGGCCGCGGCGAGUGUCAACAUCCCGGCCAUCUGCCUGAACGUGGGACCCAUGCUGAACGGACGCCUGCAUGGCACGCGCGACCGCAUCGGCAGCGGCACGAUCCUGUGGAAGGCGCGCGACCUGCACGCCGCGGGCCAGAUCGACGACGACAUGAUGGUAGAGAUGAUCGCCGCGGGGACCCCCUCCGCGGGCCACUGCAACACCAUGGGCACGGCGUCGACGAUGAACGCGUUGGCCGAGGCCCUGGGCAUGGCGCUGCCGGGCAGCGCGGCCAUCCCGGCCCCGUACCGCGAAAGGGCGCAGUGCGCGUUCCGCACCGGCAAGCAGAUUGUCGAAAUGGUCCGCGUGGACCGCAAGCCCAGCGACAUCCUGACGCGGGCCGCCUUCGAAAACGCCGUCGUCGUCAACAGCGCCAUUGGCGGGAGUACGAACGCGCCGAUCCAUCUGAACGCCAUUGCCAAGCACGUCGGCGUGCCCCUGGACCUGGACGACUGGGAUGCCAUCGGCUUUGACGUGCCGUUGUUGCUCAACGUCCAGCCCGCGGGCGAGAUGCUGUGCGAGGAGUACUACAAGGCCGGCGGGCUGCCCGCGGUGAUGGCCGAGUUGCUGCAGCACGGCAAACUGCACGAGGGCGCCCUGACGUGUAACGGGCGGACCGUGGCCGACAACGCAAAGGGCCAGUUCUCGUGGGAUCGCAGUACCAUUAGAAGUUAUGACCAUCCCCUCAAGCCCAGCGCCGGCUUCUUGCACAUGAAGGGCAAUCUGUUCGACUCGGCGAUUAUGAAGACGUCGGUCAUCUCGGACGACUUUCGCGCCGAGUUCCUCGACGACCCGAACGAUCCGAACGCCUUCGAGUGCAAGGCCGUGGUGUUUGACGGGCGCGAGGACUUCAUCAACAGGAUCGACGAUCCCAAGACAAACGUCGACAGGAGGACCAUUCUCGUCAUGCGCGGCGCCGGGCCGCUGGGAUAUCCUGGCGCCGCCGAAGUCGUCAACAUGCACGCCCCAGGCCAUGUCAUCAAGCAGGGCGUCACCUCGUUACCCUGUAUCGGCGACGGUCGCCAAUCAGGCACAUCCGGGUCCCCCUCGAUCCUGAACGCGAGCCCCGAGGCAGCAGCCGGCGGGAACCUGGCGCUCCUUCGCGACGGAGACAUGGUCAGAGUCGAUCUCCCUAAGCGGCAGGUCAGACUGCUGGUGUCGGACGAGGAGCUGAGCAAGCGGCGCGACGAGCUCGAGGCCCAGGGCGGGUAUGCCGUUCCCGAGAGCCAGACUCCGUGGCAGGAUAUCUUCCGGCGCGAGACGGGCCAGCUGAGUGGGGGGAUGGUGUUGAACUGUGCGCCCAAGUAUCAGCGCAUUGCGCAGAAGUGGCCUGCUCCACGGCAUAAUCAUUGA